UAGACAACUGACAAAUUUUGUUUUGGUUGGUCAUUGGCAGAAGUUUAUUUGUCUCUGUUGGCAGUCAUUGGACAUUGGUGCAUUGGUGUAUAAUCUGAAUUCUGAAUCUUUUAUCGGAAUAAAAAUUAUUGAGCCCGUGAACGUGUAGAGGCCGGACGUUAGUUGUAGCACAACGAAUUAUUUAUCCUUUCGCCGAUAAAAAAAUAGUUAAAACCUUUUAAAUAACAAGUAAACUCGCAAUAUGUCGGCGAUCAGCAAAUUCGUAUCGAGCCGUAAUUUCGGAAGGAUUAGUGGCGCGCUUUUAAGUGUAAAAUCCAAUAGGAAUUAUUUUUCGUACACCCAGUCCCUGUCCCAAACGUUGGAUCGAAAACCGGAAUUCAUGACGGCAAAGCAAGCAUUUGAAAAAUGUUUGAAAUCGGGUCAGACAGUGUUCUCACAAGGCGCUGCGGCGACACCAGUGCCGCUGCUGGAUGCCAUGACGGCUGUCGGCAUGGCUGGCUCCAUGCGAGACAUCAAAGUUGUUCACAUGCACACGGAGAAGGAGGCCGCUUACGUCAAACCAGAAUGUAAAGAUACCUUCAGAUCCGUGUCGCUGUUCAUGGCUGCCAAUGUAAGACAGUCCGUGGCGGAGGGCCGCUCCGACGUCAUUCCCAUUUUCCUGCAAGACAUCCCCAAAUUGUUCCACAGGAAGAUCAUCAAGCCCGACAUUGCUGUCAUACAAGUGUCUCCCCCAGACAACCACGGGUUCUGCAGCCUCGGCACGUCCGUCGACUGCGUGCGGGCGGCGCUCGUCAACUGUAAGACUAUUAUCGCUCAAAUUAACAAGAAUAUGCCGCGUACCUUCGGCGACGCUAUAAUUCACAUAUCGCACAUCGACUACGCGGUGGAGGACAACACGCCGCUGCCCGACCACGGCAGCAAGCCCCCCACCCCUGAAGAAAUGCAGAUCGGGAAGCUCAUCGGCGAGAAUCUAGUCGAAGAUGGCGCCACCCUGCAGAUGGGUAUCGGCAGUAUACCCGAUGCUGUGUUGUCGGCGCUGAAGGGCCACAAAGACCUCGGCAUCCACUCGGAGAUGUUCAGCGUGGGUGUCAUCGACCUGGUGAGGAGGGGUUGCGUUACCAACAAUAAGAAGACAUUCCACAAGGGACGCAUUGUAGCCAGUUUCCUGGUCGGUAACCAAGAGUUGUAUAGCUUCGUGGACAACAACCCCUUCAUUGAGAUGAUGGAGGUCGACUACGUGAACAACACGCAUAUAAUCUCCUUACAGCCGUGCAUGACCGCCAUCAACUCGUGCAUGGAGGUGGACAUCACGGGGCAAGUGUGCGCCGACUCUAUCGGAACACGCAUGUACUCCGGUUUCGGCGGUCAAGUAGAUUUCAUCCGCGGCGCGGGUGAGGGUGUCGAUGGUAAAGGCAAGCCGAUCAUCGCUAUUGUCUCUCAAACAAGCAAAGGCGUGAGCAAAAUCGUUCCCACCCUCAAAGUCGGUGCCGGUGUUGUGACCACCAGAGCUCACGUGAACUACGUAGUCACCGAGCAGGGCAUCGCGAAUCUGUUCGGCAAGUCUCUGAGACAGCGCGCCUACGAGCUGAUCAAGGUGGCCCACCCCGACCAACGCGAGGCCCUCGAGAAGGCCGCUUUCGAACGCCUUAAGUGCAUGCCCUCGCCUUAAAAAACAGCAAUAAUUAUCGUUAAUAGCAUAAGGACUUCGAAUCGAGAACGUUUUGACGACUUUACUUUAUUACCACUAUAGUUUAAGGUCGGUCGCCGGAAGAAAAUAAUUUUACGAUGACCUUAGUCAUAAAGUACCUUAAAAUUCAGAUUGAAAUCUUAAAACACAGAAUAUUCUGAAUUUGCUGGAAUACUCGAAUGUAGUUAUAAAAUAUAUCAUGCGUAAAAUUUGUAAAAGAAUGCAUCAUCUAACAAAAUUAUAUCCUUGGAACAUGUAAUUACGAUUCUCAUGGUAUUAAUAUAUACGCGCGCCGGCAUCAGACAUAAUAAAGAUCAUUGUACAAAACUGUUUUAGUUUGGCGACUGCACUUUAACAACUACUGUUUGGUAGAUUUAACUUGUUAUUAAUAUAAAUUGUUUGGUAGUAAAAUGUAUAGGAAUCUUGGCGCCUAAUAUUCGUAAAUAUGGAGAUGUUAUUUAGUCUGCCAUACGUAAUUAAUGCAUUUUUGUAGGUAUCUACAAAUUCCAGAUAAUUGGUAUAGUGGCGAGUAACCAUCGAGAGCACGCGCGUAUAUAGUAAUGUGCGAUAAUAAUCCUUACAUUGCUAUAGAUGAAUAUACUGAAUACAAAACGAAAGAGGAACCGCUUUUAACAGUAGAAAAGCGUUGUAUCUUCAGGUACGAGACAGUGUUAUGAAACCGUGUUAUAAGCGGCCACUAUGUACUUCAGUUCUUAUAUAGUUUUUACUAUUUGCGUGUGUUCUCGGUAAGUACGAACCGUCUGUGUAAUAUAAUAGAAAGUAAUUCACGUAAUGUUUUAUGUAAUUUGUAUAGAAGUUGUAUUAUUAAAUAUAGUAAUCGUUUAAGAAUAGCUCAUUAUUUUCGAGUUCCAAAUGUUUUUUCACCUUGCAAGACAUUCAUUUCAGUUACCUUUUAUAUUUAUUUAUUAUAUUUUGUAUUAUUUUAAACUGACCUGUUAUAAAUAUAAUUCCUACUUACAAUUUCUCUGUGUAUUAAACGUCUAAAUUAAUA